AUGUUAACGUGUUAUGAAGACGACGUGAUGCAGAGCAGUGGUGAAGUGCAGACAGCGAUUGUGGAGGAGGAGGAGUGGCGGCAAGAGCAGGAGGAUGCGUGGCCCAAAACCAGUCGAGAGUUCGUGGAGAGCGAAACAUGGCAUUCACGACGAUGGUCGACGGCUUCUAUGGCGACCACGGUGACGGAAAAUAUGAUGACGUUCCAUCGCACCAGACGCGCUGGCUCACACACACUGCCACCAACGCAAGACAGCUGGUUGAAAAAGCCAUUUGGCUGGCUCAGCGCUGAUUACAAAGCGUCGAACGUUUCUAUCGAUUCGAUCGCCGAGUCGUCCGACAGCACCAUGGUUGAAACGAACCCGCACAAGACGGUUGUAGUGAUCGAUUUCGAUAGUUCGGUCGACCACUUCGAAUGCGACGUGACCAGUGGGGACAACGGAAAAAAGCUAGCUGGUAAACCGGAAUAUGACGGUGAGAGCGACGAUGACGCGGAGCUAUCCGAGACGUUGCGCGACCUCAACGUUACAAAGAUGGACGCGGACGAGGAAAAGAUUUAUCAGAUGUUCGAAAAAUACGAUGCCAAUAUGGCGGCAGGCAACCAGCAGCAGCCGUCAGUGUUUUCGUCGGGCACCGGUAUUACGGUAGCCAAAAUCGACCGGACCAAACAUGUAGACACACCGUCGAUGAAAGGCAUGCCGGGGACGCCGUUACCGUCGGUGGUGCAGGUGGCCGUCGAAGGACAGUCGGUGAGAGAACUAGGCAAGAAGUCGUCCAUAUUGGACUUGUCACCCAAUGAUCGUGGCAGCCGCGGAGUGGCUAUACACGCUGACGACCACGUCAGCAAUACGUCUGCGGAGACCAAAGACUGCGGUCAUGACGUGGCCGCUGAUGAACGACCACCACCGCUCAUCAACGAGGACGGCUCGGUAAACAUGACACGACUGCACUCUGUAAUUCACAAAUUACCAAAUUGGAAACAACUAAGAGUUGUAUUGAAAUUGAUGUCAAUUAUGGGUGACCCUGUGGCAAGUUUUCCGGAAAUAAUUGAAUUGAACAAAUUGCGGAGAUGGUACGAAAUACGGAUAAAUGAAAACAGACAUAUGACGUUGAAAAUGAAACAAAACCUGAUGGUUCAGUCGAUAAACGCGUGGAGUGCACCACGGAUCAAAUUGACGUCCGUUAACGUACCACAGAACCCAAUGCAAGGUGAGGGCAAAAUCGGUGCGAUGAAAAUUACUUGGGAUCGAGUGAACGAAAUGAAACGCAAAAUCAAGAAGACUAAAUCUGAGUACAUCCACAAACUCAAAAGAGUGGCGAUCAACAACGCGAGAACAAUGUACCAGACUAUGUAUAAUGACUAUUACAACAGCCGUCUGAGCAGAAACUUUAAACAGUCGUAUUAUGAUUAUUUCCCGGCAAAAGAUGAUGAUUGCUUGUUUGAGUAUGUCGCCGAUAAAAAGAACAACAAAUAA